AUGGAGCCUCUUACAGCUUACCCUUUAAGAUGUUCGGGGCCGAAAGCAAAGGUAUUUGCAGUUUUACUGUCUAUGGUUCUAUGCACAGUAAUGUUAUUUCUUCUACAACUAAAAUUCCUAAAACCUAAAAUCAACAGCUUUUAUGCCUUUGAAGUGAAAGAUGCAAAAGGAAGAACGGUUUCUCUGGAAAAGUUUAAAGGCAAAGUUGCACUAGUUGUAAACGUGGCUAGUGACUGCCAACUCACAGACAGAAAUUACUUAGCACUGCAGGAACUGCACAAAGAGUUUGGACCAUUCCACUUCAGCGUCUUGGCUUUUCCGUGCAAUCAGUUUGGAGAAUCGGAGCCCCGCCCCAGCAAGGAAGUUGUAUCUUUUGCAAGAAAUAACUACGGCGUGACAUUCCCCAUCUUCCACAAGAUUAAGAUUCUAGGAUCUGAAGCAGAACCUGCAUUCAGAUUUCUUGUUGAUUCUUCAAAGAAAGAACCAAGGUGGAAUUUUUGGAAGUAUCUGGUCAACCCUGAGGGUCAAGUUGUGAAAACCUGGAGGCCAGAGGAACCCAUUGAAGUCAUCAGGCCUGAGAUAGCAGCUCUGAUUAGACAAAUGAUCAUAAAAAAGAAAGAGGACCUAUGA